AUGGAGACGACUCCAAGUGCUGGUGGACCGUCGACAUCGGCGUCAGCGACCCAUGGACCAGCGACAGUCGCCAAUCGCUCUUCAACAACAAGGAGACGAUCUGCACCAAGCGCAAGACAAAAACCAGCGCAGACGGGACUCCCGAAGGGCAUCAACUACAAGCUGCUCCGUGCUUUGAAGCCUGGCAAACAGCGCCAGGCGUAUUUAAAUCGCUUGCGGAAACGUCACGGCGUCGUUAUACCGCAGAAACGUACUGAGAUUGAUCCAAAAGCUCCUAUUGUUCAUCAGCCUUGGCUGCCAGUAGACACCAACGAGCCUUUGACCGCGACGAGCCAACCAGGUACGACGAAGGCUGGUGUCUCCCAUGGUUCAGCAAAGAGACGCCGUAAAGUCUUAGAGGAAAAAGAACAUAAAGGUUUGAACGCAGGCAGUGAGUGUCAUGGGUCUGUGAACAACUUCCGGGCGAAACAGGGACUUGAAGUCAAGCCAAUGUCGCCGGUGCUGACAAAUUUCGUCUGGCCGAGUGGCAUGAGUCGUAAGGAAUUUCUUGCCAAGAAACCAGGAAAAGACCGCAUGGCUUACUUAGCGAGAUACAUGAAGAAGAACGACGUUGAGUUGCAAAAGAUUGCUCCUGUUCGACCAGGUGCUCCUAUAGGUCGCAAACUCGAGCCGCUGUCGCAUCCUCGUUGCGGUUGCUCUGGCUCUGAAGCGUGUGCUUCCUGCAGCAGAUGUGUGGAACUCCACUGUGUUUGUGGAUUGACUGGACGUCGGCGUCGGGCUUUGUGUCAAGAAUCGCGAGCCUGUAGUUGUACGUUGAUCGACCCGACAAAACGGUGCGAGCUAUGCUAUGGCUGUCGGCAAACACACGGAUUUAGCCAUUGUCGCUGUGUGCUGCAUCAGCGAAUGUCAUGGAUCAAGAGACAUCCAGAACUUGGCACGACGCUGACGGAGGAAGAAGAGAAGGCAGUGUGUAGCUGCUACCUGCUUGCACAUCGGUAUGGAGGAGCUGCUGCUACUAAAGAAAAGGAAGAAGAUGCGCGAGAGAAAAAUGAGCGUGUUCGGGCCAUAAAGAGAGCUGCCGGAUUUCCGUCAAGUGACAACAUUUAUCGCAGUAAGAAGGUCACGACAUUUCUCGGUGAUGAAGGAUUGGAGAGCGAAUAUGAUGAUGGAGUAGACGAUGGUCCGGGUUUAGAAAUGCUCCCACCUAGCGCCAACGGGGUUAUUCCGCGCACAAUGACCGCGAGAAUGCUUGGUGCUGAAUACCAUCCGGCCUCAUAUCACCCUUUGUUUCGAUCGGAAGGAUGCUCGCUACUAGAAAGUAUUGAGCCUCGAAAUGGCCGAGUCAGGUGCCGGUCCGCUCCUGCCGCAUUUUCGAGUGACGCGAUGCAGGAAGAAAUAUGCCGCGGACUUGAGAACUACGUGUUUGAACUCGACCGCGAUGCUGCACUGCCGCCUGACGAUCUAGUGGAGUAUGUGAUCUAUAUGGCAAGCAUCAAGGCAUCAAACGUCGGGGAACUUAUUGGAACCUUCGAUGACUCUGCAGCAGUUGCUGUAGGCAUCGUUAUUGAGGAAUACAUGAAACAGUUGAUCGAAGACCAUGUAUUACAACAGCAACCACUGUGUCCUCCAUCGAAAACGAGUGUGCAGGCAUUCACGAGGGAUAUACUUUAUGGCUUCAAUUGGCAGCUUUUCCAGCGUCAGCAUCUGCUUUCGUGCUCAAAAACGGAGGACCCAGUUGCAGCGCGUGUGGACAAGGAAGCAAUGCUGAAGGACAAGGUCGCGAGAUUGAUUCUUUACGAGUUUGUUUCGCUGCAGCCACAAGAAUUUGAUGAAAAGGACCACGAUUUGCUCACGUGGAUUCGAAAUGCAGUCGCCAUUCCUCCCUCUGUGGUGACAGGUACAGCAAUGUGCCAGUCAAGUCUUGAUAAGGAAGACGACCAGCACAGUGAGGAGGCUAGCAGUCGAUCCGCGAGUUGUCAAGACCCUGAAGUGGGGAAAGCUAUAGGGACCCCUCAAAUUCGCAUGUCUGUAAGAGCAAACCCCGUACACGGCAAGCCAUCGUAUAAACUCCACUACACAACAACGUUACAUGAUGGACAUCGUGCGGAGAUUGCUGUUGGUGGAAUUGACAGCAAAGUCAAAGCGAAUGCGACGAUUUUGCAGCUAGCGAAGGUUGUGCGGCGUCAGGAACAACGAAGUACGGACAUGCUGCAAGACCCGCGGCUAGUGUCCAGGCCUCCCCCAGUGCUUCAGCCUCCACCUUGUAAGGACGAAGAAGAUCCAUACAGCAGCAUGUUUGAGCAUGUGUGGAAGCAUUUUAACGAGUACGCGUUUCGGAAGUGGCAGGCAUCUACCGAUAUAAAUUGCAGUUCGAUGUUGUCGGACCAUCAAGAUCUGACAGCCAGCCCAGGAGAAACUGCAAAACGUCAAAGCAAGAGCCCACCGAUGCGACAGUUGAGACAGAAGAACUCUGACAGCGCUGUAUGA